AUGACUGCUCCUGUCACUGGUGCAACUAAUGGGAUCGGGUAUGCUAUAGUGGAGGAGUUAGCUGGACUUGGGGUGACUAUUCAUGUAUGCUCGAGAAGCGAAGACAAUGUCAAGCGCUGCCUAAAAGACUGGGAAAAAAAAGGUUACAUAGUCAGGGGUUCGGUAUGUGAUGCUUCUGUUCCAGCGGAACGAAAAAACUUAAUGAAAAAUGUUUCAUCUGUUUUUGGUAGCAAGCUCAACAUCCUUGUUAACAAUGUCGGAACAACAGUAUUCAGAGACAGUACUGUGGACUACACUGAGGAAGAUGAUUUGGAAGUCAUGAUCACAACCUUCGACUCCGCAUACCAUUUGUCAAAACUUGCACAUCCUCUCCUGAAAGCUUCUGGUUGUGGAAACAUCGUCUUCAUGUCCUCCGUCGCUGGGGUCAUAGGUACACCAUGGGUAUCCAACUACUCAGCAUGUAAAGGAGUGAUUAAUCAACUUGCGAAGAACUUAGCUUGUGAAUGGACAAAGGACAAGAUUCGUGUUAACAGUAUCGCACCGUAG